AUGCUUUUUUUACAGUCCGAACACCUUUCUUCUGGUAGACCGAUAAUAAUUGACGAAACUUAUCCAUCACCAGAGACUACAGCCUUACACGAAGGAGGGUACGAGGGAGCCCUUGUACCCCGGGCGGAUUCCCCAACAGACAUUCUGUCAAUGUCUGCCUACGGGAAACCGCAACCACCACAGCUCCAUGGUCAGUAUGGUAAAGAGGCACCAUUUUGUCAUGAUGCUACCCGAACUGGAGAAUCACUAACUCCAAACGCAGGCUAUGAAACUGGACGAUCAUACUCCGAUAACUCAUUUCCUUACUCAACGCCUUCGUAUGGAACUCAGUCUUCAAUUCCAACAUCAACGCCUGCCCCAGUUUACCAGAAUGCCGGACAAAUGACUCCGCUAGGUUAUGCAUCGGGUAACACACGUACUACUUACGAUGAACAAGCGGGUCCUUACUUGAAUGUUGGGUCUACGCCGAUACCCGAAGUUACAUCUUUUUCGCCUCAGCGGGGAAGUCAGGGUACUCCAGUGAGCGUCUGCAUAACCACUUUGUAUGAGCUAUUAACCUCAAACUCGCCGACCUUCUAUUUGGUGUUUGGACAGCAGAAAUGCCAGGCCUCAGUCCGAAAAAUCAACCAGUCUGGAGGAGUUUGCAAUUACAUUGUGGCUUGUGAAGUUCCUCAGUUUGCAUCUACAAAUUGGUCAUCGUCAAGGGUACCGGUAUCGAUGUUCUUGGAAGGUGACGGAGAUGUAAUUUCCAAAGUUGAAGUUGGGGAUUUUACUUAUGAAAAUGGCCCGCAAUCACUGGACGGAUCUAGGAAAAUGAAGAUGUCACCUGAAUCUGCGGAAUUGAUGAGGAGUCCAGCGAAGCGCAAUACUCAACAGAUUAAACCGAAGGAGGAAUAUCCUUAUGCCUUUUCAUCAAGUGAUGGGUCGCCAUCCUUCUCCUCACCGUACCUUCAAACAAGUUCUGCCUACAACAAUUUGAUGCCUCAGUACAGUCGAUCUUCCGGUGCUUAUGCAGCUCAAGCUGCGCCGAGGAAUAUGGAAUAUGGAUAUGGGAAUUCAUCGACGGCUUCACCACCGACUUUGAAAGCACAUUCUCCGCAUGUAUCUACUUGGAAUUCUGGAUAUUCGACGAUCGGUUCAAGUAUGGCGCGAAGUCCUGGGUUACCAUCAAAUUCGAUGCAACGAUCGAAUCUGUCAUCUUUGCCCUCGCCAGGCAAUCCAGUCCUGAUGAGAACUUCGACGUUACAAUCUUCAGGUCCGGGUUCCACACCUCAUGCUGGUCAUACUUACAAUCCUUACCCAAUGUAUGCAAAUAAAGCCAAAUUAGAAAUCAGUGGAGAUCUGAAUAAGAUGAUGAUAAACAAUUGGACCUCAGAGGAGUGGGAAUCAAAGAGGCGGCUUGUCCGAUUCAAGCGAUCACAAUCUGGAUGCACCAUCACGACAACUUUUCACCCGAUCUCAGCCGAUGAACGACCGCCUCAAAGUGUUGUAAUCAGCUGUAUAUAUUGGGAGGAGAAGAAUGAUUGUUAUGUCACAAGCGUGGAUACUAUCACUCUAUUGGAAGCAUUAAUUGGAGUAAAGUUUACCGUGGAGGAAAAGAACAGGAUACGAAGGAAUUUAGAAGGUUUCCGACCCGCGACUGUGUCUAAAGGAAAGCCUGACAGCGAAGAAUUCUUCAAAGUUAUCAUGGCCUUCCCUAAUCCUAAGCCUCGUAAUAUUGAGAAGGAUGUCAAGGUCUUUCACUGGAAGGAUUUAGGACCCGCUUUGAAGAAGAUUAUCAGCAAAUAUUCCGCCAGUCCUGCCUCAAUUCUUCCACCCGCACAUGUUCCUGCCCUCCUGACACCCGUCAGCUCCACUGGUUAUGCUACGGAACCUUCAUCUGCAGGCUUGCCAUACACAAAUGAUCAUCAUGGAGGAAUCUCACCAAGAUCAAUAACAGGAUCAACAACUUCUACAGCUUACAAUUCUAAUAUUCCCGCACAAAGAGCCAUCUCACCACAAAGUCAAAAAUCAAUAAGUUUUCAAGGUGGUCCCCCUGAUCUAAGAAUCGCAGUACCACAUGGUGCACAAGAAUCGAGUCAUUGGCCACAAGGAACUACACAUCACAUGCCUACACCACAACAACAGUAUCAAGCACAACUGGGAAAUGCGGCAGCCGCAGCAGCAAGCGCUAGAGGCUCAUGGGACUUGUCGAAUUAUCUUGAGAAUAGCCCCGCGACUGCCGCCGGCAGUUCGGGACCGGGGGUUGAUUAUCAAGGUCAAGGUCAACAGCAACAUCAGACGCCGAGCAACGUUGUGGAUGCUUCAAUGGCUGGCGGGGGUAAUGGAAAUCGCGCUUUAUCUUCUCUUCAACAUCAGCAACAGAGUCAGCAGAUACCGCGUACGUGA